CGAAGAAAACAUCUGUAUCUCCGCGCACCCAUGUGAUAUCUCCUAUAAAUUAUGUUAUAAAUUUUUGAAGAAGCAAUGAUGAAAGAAGACUUAAUUACAACGAACCAGCAGUGAGAAACAAAAUGAUAUCUUUGGUCCUUGCGUUGCUGCUUCCAUGGCAAUCUUUGUCAGAAAGUUGCCAAAGCUCUCCAUACGCGAUUCCAGGAUUCAAGAUUCAUGGUCACGUGAUCAAAACCGUUCCUUUAUCGACCAGAAGUCAAUGCGAGCAUCAGUGUGCUGCACAACAAGGCUGCAACAGYAUCAGUUUUCAUCAGAAUAAAGGAAAGUGCGAAUUGCAUGACGGUAACCACAUCUCAAAUCCUGAAAUCGUUCUUCCAAGUGAUGGAUACACCUACGUGAACUUUCCARCAAGGCCKCCAAAGAGAUGYAGUMGUAAGUYAUGCAGCUAUCCGUUAGCAUGUGUGCCGGAGGGCAACAGUUACAAAUGCGUCACUUGUGAAGGGGCAAAGGCAGAGCAAGUUUUGAAUUUCCCAAGGAAAUCUGCUCAAGAUUAUGCUUUUCUCGACGGUCCAUUUGCUCCGUUGAGCGCCUUCACACUUUCUCUAUGGGUUCAACUAGACAGCUCGGGUACAUCAUAUUCUGUGCUGCAUUAUGGUGCGACAACCAAUAUCUAUGCUACUAAUACCUACAUCGGUGUUAAUGUGAUUGACAAUGCACAAUCUCUCCAAAACAUUAACCUUGCUGACAGCAARUGGCAUCAUUWCUGCCUCACCUGGGAAAACACAGGUGGCAACAUCAAAUUCUACAUCGAUGGUGCAGUUAGAAUCGCAUUUACCGGAAAUCAAGGCCAAAUGCUUAGCAGUGGGUAUAUAGAACUUGGCUAUGGCCCUAGGACAGGAACCGGUACUCAAGAUUGGAAAGCUCUGAUGGGAAAUCUGACCAGCGUAAACAUAUGGAGUAAAGUGUUUUCUCCAGAAGAAGUGUCGGUACUUGCUUCAACAUGUCCUACAAGCGAGGGGGAUGUCGUCCAGUGGUCAACUUUGAAGACAAAGGGAGUUGGCAUGGCGAAGCUUGUGUGUUCCAGUUUUUGCAUGUAGAAUGUCAAGUGAAGUUGUUUCUUUCAAGGCAUCUGGAAUUAUUUCCACGUAAUAUCAAAGGAAAAGUCAAAUCUGUUAAUUAUAGUUCACUGCAAAURUGUUUUGAUCAGCUGURGAAAAUAGUUCACUAAARAAUUACAAGAAUGUAUAYGCAACAAUAGAAUAGGUUUCUUCAUAUUAAUAGACUAUAGAAAACAUGAACACAGUCACUGUUAAAAAAUGAUCUUUCUUAGAUAUACUUACUCUAUAAUAAAUCUAUUAGAAAAGGAGGACACCAUUUCGUGCAUUGACAAGGAAUAUUUGA